AUGGCAAUCGGAAGUAUUAUUUGUGGAGCCAGUACUCCUAAAAUGAAGAGAAAAAAGGCAAAGGCAACUGAACGCAGUUGGAUAGAGGCAACUUUCCAAAAGAGGGAAUGCUCAAAAUUUAUUCCAAGUGCUGAAGAUGAACACAAGUUUAUGCAAGUAAAGGGAGAUAAGAAUGCAGAGUAUGAUGUGAUCACCACUUCCAGAUGUUGUUGUGGAUAUUCUUAUACUCAUCACUGCAGAGCUGGUAUAGAUGUACAAAGUUACACUGCUAGUAAUACCAAAGAAAAAGAUCGCGAACAAUGGUCUCCUGCAAAAAACACACGCCCAUUUCCAACUGAUGCAUAUGGUACAAUUGAAUUUCAAGGUGGUCCACAUCCAACAAAAGCUCAGUAUGUAAGACUUGCUUAUGACACAAGGCCAGAACCAAUAGUACAGCUACUGUGUAGAGAAUGGAACUUGGGAUUACCUAAGCUACUGAUCACAGUACAUGGCGGCCGUUCUAACUUUGAACUGCAACCUACUUUAAAGAAAGUUCUAAGGAAAGGGUUGUUAAAGGCAGCAAAGACAACUGGUGCAUGGAUAUUCACUGGUGGAACCAAUACAGGCGUCACAAGACAAGUAGGAGAUGCACUGCUAUUGGAAAGAUCUCAAAGACAAGGUCGGGUUGUGAGCAUUGGCAUAGCGCCAUGGGGAAUUUUAGAUAAAAGCCACGAACUUGUAGGACGUGGAGGUGAAGUACCUUAUGAUUGCCUUUCAUCUCCAUGGUGAGGCUCAUCUAAAUACGCAGUUCUAAACAAUCGUCAUGCAUAUUUUUUAUUAGUGGAUAACGGCACUGGUGGCCGAUAUGGUGCAGAGAUCGUGCUACGUAGGAGAUUGGAAAAAUAUAUUUCUAACCUAAAAUUACAGCCAUAUACACAUAGCAGUAUCCCUGUUGUGGCGUUAGUAAUUGAAGGAGGAACAAACACGAUUCGAUCUGUUUUAGAAUAUGUUACAGACGUUCCUCCUGUUCCUGUAGUAGUCUGUGAUGGCUCAGGUCGAGCGGCUGAUCUCAUCGCUUUUAUGCAUAAAUACGCGUCUGAAGUGGACGGAGAUAAUGGGGAGAACGAGGGACCAUUAGAGAGUAUGAGAGAACAUCUUUUAGAUACUAUCAAGCGCACUUUCAAGGUAUCCGGCGAACAAGCAUCUCAAUUGUAUUCUGAACUUUUGCAGUGUACACGUAAAAAGCACUUGAUAACAGUAUUUAGAAUAACUCAAGAACGGCCCCAAGAGCUCGACCAAACUAUACUAACAGCUCUGUUCAAGUCUAAACAACUAUCCCCAGCCGAACAACUAUCAUUAUCACUAAUUUGGAAUAGAGUGGACAUAGCACGCAGUGAAAUAUUCGUUUAUGGUCAAAAUUGGCCAUCAGGUGCUCUAGAACAAGCAAUGAUGCAAGCGUUGCAACACGAUAGAAUCGACUUCGUGAAGCUUCUGUUAGAAAAUGGCGUUUCUAUGCGCAAAUUCUUAUCCAUACCUCGCCUUGAGGAAUUAUAUAAUACCAAAGAAGGCCCUUCAAACACAUUGGGUUACAUUCUCCGCGACGUUCGACCAAAUAUUCCACGGGGUUACAUGUACACCCUGCAUGACAUCGGAUUAGUGAUAAAUAAAUUAAUGGGCGGAGCGUAUCGAUCGCAAUACACACGCAGAAGGUUCCGCGUGAUAUAUACCAAAGUGAUGAAGAGAUCUGGAGCGCAUCCUCAGCACAUGCACCGAAACAGUUGCGCUCUUGGUCCCACUAUGCGUUACUAUUCAGGCUCUGGGAGCAAACAGGACAGCUUAACGAUGAGUCUUCUCGCGGAAACUUUACCGGCUAAUCGAGACACUCCGCUCUUCGAUUAUCCGUUCAAUGAAUUACUUAUCUGGGCUGUAUUAACGAAACGCCAGCAAAUGGCUCUGUUAAUGUGGCAACAUGGUGAGGAGGCUUUAGCGAAGGCACUCGUUGCUCUUAAAUUAUACAAAGCCAUGGCGCACGAGGCUGCUGAAGAUGACCUCGAAACGGAAGUUUACGAUGAGUUGCGCAGUUAUGGAAAGGAAUUUGAAAAUAUUGCUUUAGAAUUGCUAGAUUACUGUUAUCGUCAAGAUGAUGAUCAAACGCAACAACUAUUGACUUCUGAACUUCAGAACUGGUCUGGCCAGACGUGUCUUUCAUUGGCCGUCACGGCUAAUCACCGACCUCUCUUGGCACACCCUUGCAGCCAAAUUAUUUUGGCUGAUUUGUGGAUGGGUGGGCUUCGAACUAGAAAAAAUACAAAUUUAAAGGUUGUGCUUGGACUGGUUUGUCCAUUUUAUAUAGCACGUUUGGAAUUCAAAAGUCGCGAGGAAUUGCAACUGAUGCCGCAAACACAAGAGGAACAUCUGAUUGCUCUUGAGGAUGAGAAAGAAGACAGUGAUUCAGAGCAUAGCGUACCAACAGGUCCCGAUGUCGAGGCUUUAAUCAGCAACGAACACACUACCACUGUAGUGAAGGAAACGAUUGUACAAGAGAAUGGUAAAGUAUUGACGGAUAACGAUGACGGGAUUCAUCGUGCCUAUGGUAGUAUACACGCUGACUACUAUGAUAUUAAGAACAGCAGGCCAUUGAGGUUAAGGAAGAAGUUAUAUGAAUUUUAUACAGCUCCCAUUACUAAAUUCUGGGCCAAUGCUAUAGCAUAUAUCAUUUUUUUGGUUCUCUUCUCCUAUUGUAUCCUUAUACACAUGGAUGAUCAUCCAUCAUUGGCAGAAAUUUAUGCAAUUGCAUACAUUUGCACGCUAGGAUGUGAGAAAGUACGAGAGAUCGCAACAUCUGAACCGGCUACUCUUUCACACAAGUUUAGCGUGUGGGCAUGGAAUAUGUGGAAUCCCUGUGACGCGGCCGCCAUCAUUUUUUUUCAAAUUGGUCUGGCCUUACGUUUAAGACACUCCACUCUCGACGUUGGUCGGGUCAUUUAUUGCGUCGAUUGUAUUUAUUGGUACUUGAGGAUAUUGAACAUCCUUGGUGUGAAUAAAUACUUUGGUCCUCUGGUUACCAUGAUGGGAAAGAUGGUAAAAAACAUGACAUACUUUGUGGUGCUCCUAGUAGUAGUGUUAAUGAGUUUUGGGGUCACUCGACAAGCAAUUUUGAACCCUAACGCUGAACCUAAAUUCAGGAUCAUUCGUGAUAUCUUCAUGGAACCAUACUUUAUGUUAUACGGAGAAGUAUAUGCGGACAACAUAGAUCCUGAUUGUGGGGACGAGCCGGGAAUGAUUCCGUGCCUACCAGGCCGCUGGAUCACACCUUUUGUAAUGUCGAUUUAUCUUUUAGUCGCAAACAUAUUAUUGAUAAACCUUUUGAUCGCGGUUUUCAAUAAUAUUUUUAAUGAGGUAAACGCGGUGGCCCACCAAGUAUGGAUGUUCCAACGUUUUACUGUUGUUAUGGAAUAUGAACAGAAACCAGUUUUACCUCCCCCGCUCAUUGUAGUUUGUCACAUAUAUCUGCUGGUGAAAUAUUUGCUGCGAUAUGUGACACAAGGAAAAGCAAGUACCGGUGAAACGUACGACAAUGGGCUGAAGUUGUUCUUAGAGGCGGACGACAUGGAGCGUCUCUAUGAUUUUGAGGAAGACUGUGUCGAAGGCUAUUUCCGUGAGCAAGAAUUGAAGCUACAAAUGUCUACAGAAGAACGUAUCAAAGUUACCACGGAGAGGGUUGAGAAUAUGCAUCAGAAGAUAGAGGACAUAGACAAGAAGGAGAAUACUCAGAAUGCUUCUCUUCAGACUGUAGAAUUCCGCAUCCGCAAGUUGGAGGAGCUGAAUGAACAGACUUUGGCACACCUAGGGGUCAUUCACCGGUUCAUGGCGACCCAUAUGCCUAACAUGGAGGGCUUAGGAGCUUUCGAGAUAGAGGGUCGUCAGCGUAGAGUGUCAGAGCGCUCAGAAGUACUCUCAGAAACGGAUUCUCACACGCAACUACCUAGCAUUACACUCAAACGAAAAAGAUUAGUACGAUCAAUGACCGACGGCACGUUUCUCAACAUAGGACCAGUAAUGGACGACGACGUGCUUAAGCAUUCAGAGACAGUUACAUCUCGUGAGAACCUUAGUAGGAACGAAUCCUCUAUAAGUGGAGACGGACAGACUGUUCAGGAUGACAUAAAGACGACAACUAGCCAGGAAACUGAAGUGAGCAAAGGGGACGGUGAGGGAGAGACCCUAAAGAAGGAUUCACAAUCAGAUAGUAGAGAAAUAAACAGAGACGUAAGUAAAGAAGUAAGCAGAGACGCAAGUAGGGAAGCAAGUGGAGAACCAAGUAGCAGAGAUCCAAGUACAGAUCCCAGCAGGCAGACUAGUAGAGAAUUAAGCAGAGAGACUAGCAAAGAAGCAACAAGCAAAGAACCAAGCAGAGAAGCCAGCAGCGAAGCGCCAGCCUCUGAGCCAAUCAGACAAGAUUCCACUGAACGCCCUAUUAGACAAACCAGCAGGACACGUUCAGAGUCAGAUGACGUAAUGAUACUUCCACCUUCUGGCAUUCCAAGGGGCGUGACCUGGGCAGAGCCACGCGUUGCAGUGAUUCCAUCAGUGUCUUCAGCAGGCAGCACACAGAGGUCUAUUCUACUGGCCAUGCGUGCUGAGUACACCAGUAUAACAGAUGAAUUGGAAAGCUAUUGUGGUCUUCUUAGUCCACCUCGAACACCACCCAUUUCUCCACCACCUUCGAGGGUCAGAAACUUGUCUGGCAUGUCUAAUGCAGAGAUGGCUUGGCAGAUUGAAAACGAACAUCUACGCGAUGCUGAGGAGUGUGAUUACCAGCAAAUGGAAGACUUGAUACAAAGGAGGUACAUUGGAGAUGAAGAAGACACUUUGCAUGUACCAGAUGAGGCUAGUGGUGGUCCAUACUUCAUAUCAAACGAACACAGACAUCAACUCAGGAGGGCUUCCGCCAUCGAUGAAGAGUCCCGUAGGCCUCCGCCUACUAUCAGUGUGACCAGGGAAAUCGAACAAACGCUUUCAAGGCCACCUAUCAGAGAUUCGGAGAGUUCAGAUCCCAAUGACAAGCAUCUCAGCACGGUACCUGCUCCUGCGUCGGAGACUAUGUGCUAAAUAUCAAUACGCUCGCCUCGAGGUAACCUAACCUCAAAUAACUU